CUCCUCUUUCACGGCGCAAGAGGCUGGAGCUGCAGUCUUUCACGCUGCGUUCGAGGAAGGGACUGGAGCUAGCACCACAGCUGACGAGGGGAACCUUUUUUUCCUGUUGUAGGGGGAUUACUCCAGCAAGACCACCAGCCACUAGGGUGGGAAGACAGAAGGACAAGCGGGUUGUCUCUCUCAGCUGGCGCAGAGAGGUUCCCUGUUAAGCCGAAGGACAAGCAGCUUGAGAAGUGAAAGCUAUCACUCAGAAAUUCAGAGUCUGAUUUUCAAUUUGCACCAGCGAUUAAUGAGACUUUUAAGGAUCCACUUUCUGAUGGGCACAGUGUGCAGCUAUCGACUUACCUGAACACUUAUAGGUUGACACACGACUGGGUAAAAUGGUCAAUCACGCUUCUCUGUGGCUCACGUCAGUGGUUUUGUGUGUUCUGUGUUACUGUGGAACCAACUCCACCCAGAAGAGUUUGCAACAUCGAAAAUGGAAGAUGGAACAAUCAAAAGCAAGCUUAGUAACCCAUCGGCGUGUAAAACGUGGCUGGGUCUGGAACCAGUUCUUCAUUGUGGAGGAGUACACUGGAACAGAGCCACUCUAUGUUGGAAAGAUUCAUUCAGACUCGGACAAGGGAGAUGGCUCCAUAAAAUACACCAUAUCAGGAGAGGGUGCUGGGACAGUAUUCAUUAUUGAUGAAAUUACGGGGGAUAUCCAUGCUACUGAGCGAUUGGACCGUGAAGAGAAAACCUACUACACACUCCGUGCUCAAGCACGGGACAGGCUGACUGAUAGACCUCUGGAGCCUGAAUCGGAAUUUAUUAUCAAAGUCCAGGAUAUUAAUGAUAGUGAGCCAAAAUUCCUAGAUGGACCAUACGUUGGCAGUGUGCCUGAGUUGUCACCUGUAGGGACCUCCGUGAUGCAGGUGACUGCUUCAGAUGCUGAUGAUCCAACGUAUGGCAGCAGCGCAAGGUUAUUAUACACGCUGGUGGAGGAACAAGACCAGUUCACAGUGGACCUCAAGACUGGAAUAAUCCGAACUGCUGUAGCUAACCUGGACCGUGAAAAGAAGGACCAUUAUGUCUUAGUCAUUCAGGCCAAGGACAUGGCUGGACAGCUAGGUGGACUGUCUGGAUCAACUACUGUUACAAUCACCAUCACCGACAUUAAUGACAAUCCUCCUCGAUUCAACCAGAAGCUGUACCAGCUGAGUAUGCCUGAGUCAGCAGCUGUUGGAACAACAGUGGGGAGGGUGAAGGCUGAAGAUGUCGAUUUGGGCCUAAACUCAGAAAUGACCUACACCUUGAAAGAGGAAGACGGUUCUGAUCGGUUCAGCGUUAUCACGGACAUGGAGGCACAAGAAGGGGUUAUCAUCUUGAGAAAGCCACUGGACUUUGAAACCAAGAGGAUACACAGUCUGCUGCUAGAGGCAGUGAAUAAACAUGUUGACCCUCAGUUUGAGAACCUCAGAUCUUUUAAGGACUGGACCAGCGUCAGGGUGAUGGUGAAAGAUGUCAAUGAACCUCCAGUGUUCAUCUCGCAGGCAAAUGUGAUUGACGUUCAAGAGGACGUCCAUGUUGGGAGUGUCAUUGGCUCCAUAACUGCACGGGAUCCUGACAUCACAAACAGUCCAAUCAGAUACUCUAUUGAUCGUAACACUGACUUGGAGAGAAUAUUUAAUAUGGAUGCCAACACUGGAGACAUUACAAUUGCUAAGAGGCUGGACCGGGAGACAGCAGGAUGGCAUAAUCUCACCGUGAUAGCAAUGGAAGCAGAUGACCACUCCCAAGUGAGCAAGGCCUCCCUCGGUGUCAGGAUUCUGGAUGUCAAUGAUAAUGCUCCAGAACUUUCCAUGCCAUUCGAAGCUACUAUUUGUGAAGAUGCCAAAGCGGGUCAGCUGAUCCAUACAGUCAGCGUGGUGGACAAGGACGAACCGCAGGGCGGCCAUCGCUUUUACUUCACAUUGGUUCCUGAAGCAGCUGACAGUCGCCAUUUCACCCUCUGGGAUAUCAAAGAAAACACAGCUGGAAUUCUAACGCACAAAAAUGGCUUUAACCGCCAAGAACAGGACAUCUACUUUCUCCCGAUUCUAGUGGUUGAUAGUGGACCACCACCCCUGAGCAGUACAGGUACCCUCACUGUCCGGGUGUGUGGCUGUGACAGCGAUGGUACUAUCCAGUCAUGCAGUGCCACAGCGUAUGUUGUUUCUGCAGUGCUGAGCCCAGGAGCACUAAUAGCUCUGCUGGUCUGCAUUCUUAUACUGAUAGUACUUGUCCUCCUCAUCUUAACUCUGAAGAGGCACAGGAAGGGUCACAUGGUCUCAGAGGAUGAGGAAGACAUGCGUGACAAUGUCAUUAAGUAUAACGACGAGGGAGGAGGUGAGGAAGACACUGAGGCCUACGACAUGACGACAUUGCGAAGUUUAUAUGAUUUUGCAGAAGUCAAAACAGAUGGAGAAAAUGUGACGCCUGAACUGCAUUCUUUGCCCCAAUGGUUUCAGAAUCCAGAUGCAGAUUUUUCUAUUUUCAGGAGUUUUGUCUGUAAAAAGCUGGAAGAGGCUGAUGCUGAUCUCUCUGUUCCUCCGUAUGACUCUUUUCAAACAUACGCAUAUGAAGGCACAGGCUCUGUGGCACAGUCACUCAGCUCCAUUAACUCUCUGUCGACUGACUCAGAUCAGGACUAUAACUACCUCAGUGACUGGGGGCCUCGGUUUAGGCAGCUCGCUGGACUUUACUCAGGAAACCAGGCAGAUGACGGAUCAUAGCAUCCAACAGUGAAACUCCCAGUUACUCUUGCAUUAUUGCAAAAAUAGUACAAUCAUUCCCAACAAAAAUAGUGCAGCUUAGGUCCUGAAAGCUGACACUUGGGAAAGUCUAAACGAAAACUUUCCUCUUCAAAAACACAUCACCUUCUCCAACUAAAGUCCCCAAUCUGGAAAUUGGCAAGUCUUUUUCAAUCAGUUACUGUGGCUGAAGAUUGCCAGUGAAAUGGUGAUUGUAAACACAACAUAGAACACAGUGUAGAAUCUUGACAAAUCUCCAGACGUCAAUGCAUUAAAAAGCCUGGCAGCUACAGUGAAGUAUUGUACAAUGGUCCAAAUUUGAACACAAUAGAUCAAGUUACUGCUGGCCAUGAAGUAGCAAUGGUGUCUAUGAAGUGAUGUAGAAACCAAGAGUCACUGUCAAUGAAGCUGCAGUUUGGUCCUGCCAAGUUUGCUGUUUUGAAAUUAUUUAAUUGAUUUGACUGUUAAAUAGUUCUGUUAAAAUUGUUACAAAAUGUUGUUGCUUACAUGGUUUCUUUUAUUUUCGGGAAGAAAAAGAAUGAAAGUUCUGAGGCAUUGGCAUCACUGCAAUCCUUGAUUGCACAGUAAGUUGGCAGUGCCAGUUUUAAUUAAUAACAUAUCCAGCUGGAUAACUAGCAGCGGUCAAAAGGUGCCACUAAGUUAACUGGCUUGGAAGUACUUGAUCCAUGGUACACCAGAAUGAAAGCCAAUUUGCAAACAUCGAUUGGGAACAGUUUCAUCAAAAAAGAAACAAAAGAAAAAGGAUCUUGAAACAGUCUUUGAUAAUUUGCUUGAGUUGAAAAUAGAGAAAUUAACCGUCAGGUUGACACCCAUGAGAAAAAAUGAAUUCCCAAUAGCCUCACAAUGAUCGGCAGAUCAGUCAAGAGAUGUAUAAAUUAAAAUCUAGAAUUCUAUGGCUUUGUAAUUCACAAAGAUUUGUGCAUUUUUCCCUGUAAUGCACUGUAUGCUCAAUGUACCAGUGUAAACACUUCUCUGUACUCUUGCUGGAGGGCAGUGCAAGCAGAACUACCGAUGUGAUUUACACUGACAAUACAAUGAUAAACCAGGGCCACUGGUUUUUGGUGACUUCCAGUUCCACACCUCACUCAAAUCUUUGAAUGAGGCAAUGUUUGUUUUGAAUAGUUGGGAUACCAGGACUUUUACAUGCGUUGUGAACCAAUCUGUUUUUCCACAGAAAUGGAAAACCGAGUAUCUGUAAGGUGUGAAGAGGUAGAGCUCCUCUGUCACUGAACAAACAAGUCCAGAGUAUGUUCUUAUUGUUUUAGAUCUAGGAGUUUUAACCAGAGAAUCAUGGAUUAUGUUCUAACUCAAAUUGGAAAUCGCAUCCCAGUGGCCUUGGUUACAACGCAAAAAUAGUUGGGUGACUUUUCCUGUAUUUGUGAAGGUUACCUUUAUUUUGUGUUUUUGUUGUUGUUUGCUACACUUGCAGUGAGGUUAAGAGCUUGUAAACACCAUUGGCAGCUUCAGACCCUCCAGGUCUGCUAUGUCAGAACAAAUGACCUCCGUAACACAGCCUUGUCACUUCAGAUUCUCAGCUGUACCUGCCAUUGUUGUGUCCUUUUGCUGGAGUUCACUGAUUUGAGGAAUUCUUUCAUUCGAAACAACCUUCAAUGCUUCUAGGACGCCAAUGCAAUAAGUUGAAGCUUGAGGUGACAAUUUCCACUGGGUCUGAGUUCCAUUCUUCCUUUUCUUGAUCGUAAUGUGGCUUGAGCAUUGACUUUUAUCCCAGUUCCUCGCAGACUACCCCAUCAAAUCUUGAUAGCACUGUCAACCAAAUUUGGUUUGUUCUUGCUGGGACCUCAGGACAUUUGAGGCUUAAUGUCACAAGCUCACAAUGUAGUAUUCUUUAGCUAUAAAAUCCAACACAAUCCUUCGUGUCACAAAGAAUCAAAAGCGUGUGGAAUGGAGACAGAACUUCCCCCAGUUUGGAUACCCUACAGACAGAACUACCAUCCUCCACAAUAAAUGUCAGAUGUCAACAGAAAGAAAUAGACUGAACAUUCCUGACAGUUCUGGCUGUAGGCCAAGUUAGAGCUCGCAAAGCAUGACGUUUUAUACAGAAAGACGCUGUUAUAAGGUCCACUAUGUGAAAUGCAAGUAUCUGUAUCAGUUUUCCUUUUGCUGUAAAAUAUGACAGAAUUGGUACAUUUUUAUACUGCCACCCACCCCAGACCCUCUCCCUGUAUAGUGAUCAAAGGAAGUAGUGAAAAGGUAAAUAUUUCUGGUGCUAUGUUCAAUAUUUUGAAAUGCGAUAAUCAGAAAAUAAAACUUUCAAUACUCGUUUUCAUGUGAUGAAUGAGGUUUCUUACCAUGAAGUUGACUAUUUACAAUUAUAAUUUUUUGUUUGAGGCCUGACCCGAAUGAAGGUGGCCAGAAAUUUGGCAAAAUUGGCAAGUAUAAGAUAGGUAGAGGCCAGUGAAAAAGCAAUGGUUGCUUGAUUCUUUUAGAAGGAGGGAGAGGAAGACUGAAGGAAGGCUGGAGUCACGGAAUAAAAUUAGAAACUGGAUCAGGCAGCAUAUGUUAGGAGAAAGAGAGCAAGGAGAGCUAACAUUUCAGAUCUUUCAUCAGAACUGGAUGAUGUGAGAGUUUAA